AAAAAAAUGUAAUAAAUUACAAAGACAGCGGAAAGCGCAAAAACAAUACAACUCAAAAUCAAGUCUCCUGCCGAGUCAAAUCCAGCUUGGUUCAUCUUCGGCAGCUGGCUCAAAUGGAGGCUCUCCUUUCCCAAGAGCACUUGGGAGUCAUUCGUUCCUUCGUCGCGCGCCGACUGGAUGAGGCACUUGACUUUGGGGUCAGCGUCUCAGCUCUUGACUGGCGCUCUGGCGUCCCUUCACCGCCUCCUUUGCAUUGAAGCCCCCUUUUCCGGUUGCCUUGCAGAGACCCCCCACUUGGCCCAAGACCUGGAGGAUCGCAACGUGGCGGUGGGCGACACGGUGGCCCUGCAGUGCAAGGCGCUGGGCAGUCCGGCGCCCCGCAUCACGUGGCUCCACGACGACCGGCCCCUGCGCCCGUCCGACCGCCAUCACUUCACCCCCGGCAACCAGCUGCUGGUCAUCGGCGCCGCCACGCUGGAGGACGCCGGCCGCUACACCUGCCUCAUGUCCAACACGCUGGGCACGGAGCGCGCUCACAGCCAGCUGCUGGUCACUCGGCGCCGCGGGCCCUGCGCCCCGCCGGCCGGCGUGAGCACGGUCACCGUCGGGAUCGUCGUCAUCGCCGUGGUGACGAGUAUCGUGCUCACCUCCCUGGUGUGGGUGUGCAUCAUCUACCAGACGAGGAAAAAGAGCGAGGAUUGCAGCGUCACCAACACCGACGAGACCAUCGUCCCUCCCGACGUGCCGAGCUACCUCUCCUCUCAGGGAACCUUGUCAGAGCGCCAGGACGGAUGUAUCCGCGUCGAGGCCGCCAACGGACCUCAGCCCAAUGGACACGCCGUCGACUCGACAGGUAGCUGGCCGCCAUCUUUGAUUGUGGGCUGCGCGACUGGCCACUCACGAGCCGAUUCUUUUGACAUUGCGUUCUACGAUAUUUGGCAGAAAAGCAAUCUGAUAACUGAGUCAUGA